CACUGUUGAUUAGCAGCAAAGUGUGACCAUACCAAGGGUGCAUUCUUGAGUUGGUAUUUUUGUAAGAAAUCAAAGUGGUGUUUUCAAUUUAGACGCUUGAGCUCACACUGGUAAAGAUGCAGUACUCCCAAACAAUGCACACGCAAAAAUAAAAUGGAGUGCCCACAAAUUGAUUUAUAUGAAUUCCUUACCGAGUCCGAACUGCAGCAGUACUACAAUGCCAUCAAAAACGAAUUAAAAAUAACAAAUGCAGCUCAAUUUAAAUAUGCAGCGGAUGAGGACUUACGUUUCAUUGGCCUGUCGCGGCCGGAAAUUCGAAGACUGCGCAAGUUCUAUGAAAAGCAUUUCCCCCACAGUUACCUCAGCAAAAUUAAGCGCCUGCUCCAAGCGCCCGCCACAAUUGUGAAGCGUGAGGAUGGCGCAGGCGGGCAGACUACAAAUGAGACCAGUGCCGCUGCAGCCACCGCCACAGCGACGAGGAAUGGCAGCAGUUCACCGGGCAGCAAGGUGCCCAACAACAAGCACAUCAUACCGGCUGAUUCGAUUAGCGUUAAUAAGCAGCUGGGCAUCGGGGAGUUUGGCAUUGUGCAGCAGGGCGUCUGGACGAAUGGCAGCGAGCGGAUUCAAGUGGCCAUCAAGUGCCUAUGUCGCGAGCGCAUGCAAUCGAAUCCCAUGGAAUUUCUCAAGGAGGCAGCGAUAAUGCAUUCGAUUGAGCACGAGAACAUUGUGCGCCUGUACGGCGUGGUGCUGGCAACCGAUUCGCUGAUGCUUGUUACAGAACUGGCGCAUCUUCGUUCCUUACUCGAGUGCCUUAAGGAUUCCGGUUUGCGUGUCAGCUUUCUCACAAUACCCACGCUCUGUGAGUUCGCGCUGCAGAUCUGCAACGGCAUGCGCUAUCUGGAGCAGAAGCGACUCAUACACAGGGAUUUGGCUGCACGAAAUAUUCUGGUAUUUAGCAAGGAUAAGGUGAAAAUCUCGGACUUUGGAUUGUCGCGUGCGCUGGGCGUGGGCAAGGACUACUACAAGACAAACUUCAAUGUGAAUCUAAAGCUGCCGAUUGCCUGGUGUGCGCCCGAAUGCAUCAAUUACUUGCGGUUCACCAACGCCUCCGAUGUGUGGGCCUUUGGCGUCUGCCUCUGGGAGAUGUUCUCCUAUGGCUUUCAGCCCUGGGCGGCACUUACAGGUCUGCAGAUACUGGAGGCCAUCGAUGCACCGAAUUAUCAGCGUCUCGAGCAGCCGGACUGCUGUCCCCGAGAGUAUUACACUUUGAUGAUGAAGUGCUGGCAGGACGAUGCGGCCAAGCGGCCCAAGUUUAGUGAAAUUUAUGAACAGCUGCCAGAUAUGAAGCCCGAACAGCUCAAGGCCGUCGUCAACUGCGUGGAGCCGAAGAAAGAUCAUCUGUUGUAUCGCCAGGGCGAUAUAAUAAGCGUGCUUGAUCGCAAUACGGGCACGCCUUUCUGGAAAGGCGUUUUGGGUACUGGAAAGACUGGAUACUUCAAUCCCUCGAACACGGUCGCAUUCCUGGAGGGCCUGCCCUGCUCCUCCAAUCGUGAUUCCUUCAGUCGCGUCGGCGACCAUCGCAUUAGCAAGCGCAAGCUGCGCACGGAAAUGAUAUCGAAGCCGCAGAAUGACUUUAAGCACACCGGACAUGUGGGCAUCGAUGGCGCCACCUUUGGCGAUAUCGCCUUCCUCGGCAGCUCGCAGAAUUACAAUCAUGUGCCCAAGCAGAUUGUGACGCCCUACAAGCCGUCGGAGGACAUUGAGCAGACGCCGCUACUGCUGCCGCCGACGCCCACCAGUCCGGAUUCGCUGCAAACGGCUAGCGGUUAUUUUCCCGAAGGCGGUGUCACUUCAAUGAAUCCCACAUUUAUUCCCUCCACGGAGCACACGCCCAACUUGAUACCCAGCAAUGGGCACAGCUCAUUUGACUUUGCCGGCUCCACAAAUCCCUUUGCCUCGCACAAACUGGACGAGGAGCAGCUCGCCUAUGCGCUACAGAACAACAACUAUGGCGCCGAUGGCAAGAGCAUCCACUCAGAGCCCAACUGGCGCGCUAGUUCACGCAAUACGACCGACGAUCCGCACGAGUAUCACGAGAUAUCCGACGAUGAGAUCGCUGGCGAUAAGCUGGACUUUGGGCCCUCGCUGCUGGAUGAGAUCAACUCAAUGUUUGGAUCAAUCAGCGGCGCCUCUGGCAGCCAGCCAAAGUCGCCCGAUUUUGAUCAUGUGAACACAAAAAACGAAUUCGCUGAGAUGUCGGCCAAGUUUGGCCACAAAACUGGCGACAGCAAUGGCAACAAGCAUGGCCAUGGACACGGCCAUGGAUUGUUGUCCAAAAAGAAGACAUCGACGGGCACUGUGAAGCCCAUUUCGGUCAAGGAUGAGAAAAUACUGAAUCAUGCCAUCGAAAUUGCCAACGAGAUCAGCGCCAGAUCCAUGAUUGAUCUGGUAUCUGAUCAUACGCCAGCCACGCACAGUCCCAAGCGCAAGUUCAGCUUUCGUUUUCCGCAUUUGAGCAGCGGCGGCGGCGGAGAUAAGUCAAGUGGCGUUCUAGGAGGCGCUGCUGGCGGCUCUGCGCUUACGCCUACACACGGCAAUGCCUCGCCCUUCUCCAAGAAGAAGAACUUUACGGAGGAACUGCAAAGCAUACCCGAUAUACAGUCACUGAUCGGCGAGGAGGGUCGCGAGGCCUACAACAGCCUGAUCGAGCGCAAGGGCAUGCUGGACAUUGGCUCCAGUCCGGCUGCAACGCUGCUCCGCCACAUGGACACGGACGAGUUCGAGCUGAUGAACUCGAAGACGCUGCCACGCCGCCUGGGCAGUCAGCUAAGUCAUCCGGGCACUGCCGCUGCCCUUGCCCUUGCCCUGGACCCAGUUGUUGCCGCUGCGGAGUGCGCCCGUCCCUUACAGCAGCUGCAUCCACCGCGACCCAUGACAUUGCCCACACGUGGUGCGGCUCAGCGUGUGCGCCGGGCCGAGCAUGCGAACGGGGAGCGGCCAAAUGAUGAGAAUCGCAACUCGCUGGGCCCCAACGAAUCCUGCGAAAGUCCCAGCUACAUGACACACGCCAGCUACAAGUUUCCAGAGCCGCAGGAGGCGAAUCCGCUGCCGCUGCCUUCACGCGAGGGCAAAAAGCAGGUGAAGACCAGCGCCAAACGGCACGUCCGCAAAUAUCCGCUCAUUAUCCCGGCCAACGGCGUGCAGCGCACUCUCAGCAAGCUGGCGGACUUUGGCGAGGAGGCGGCCAGCAAAGGCGGCGACGCAUCGCCACAACAGCAACAGCAGCAGCAGGCGCGUUCCAUUGAGGUGGUGGCGGCCGUGCGCUCCAGUAGCGUGCGUCGUCGGCCCGAGGCCAGAGAAUAUGAGAAUAUGCCUGCUGUGGCAGGCGGAGCAUCAGCGCAUACCUACCAGAACCUGGACAAACUGGCGCCUGCCGAUGCGGCUGGGCUGACGGACAGCGCCUCGUUGCAGUUCGAGUCCAUACUGGAGGGGGACAUGAGCAAGGAGGGUGUGCUCCAAUCGCCGGACGUUACCGAUGGCUUCUACAACUUCUCCAUACAGAAAGAACACUACAACAAGAGCAAGGAUGUGGGUUUCGAGCCUGCCCAAAUCUCGGGGCUCUAUGUCAACGACGACGAGCUGCGCAAUCUGGACAAGCCGCUGGCCGCCAGCAGCAGCUCAACCACAUUGGACUCCGCUGCAGUUCCUCAGGAGAUGGCGCCAACGGCAGCCUCCGCGGUGGCAGCAGCAGCAGCAGCAGCUGCGGUGGCUGCAGCAACCACUGCUGCAGAAGAUGCGCCUCUGGAGAGCAUCAGCACGCGGCGUUUGGGCGGUGUGGACAAUGAGUUGGCGGGCAAUGCGCUCUUCAAAAAGGUGCGUGCUUCCGUCAACCAGGCCAUGAACCGCAACUCCAUUAACGGCAAAGAUGCGAACAACACGCCGGCACCUUUGGCCAAUGUGCCCGCGUCCAAGCCACAAACGGAGGCAGAAUAUUUUGCUGCAACCGCGGCUCGCCUGGCCGACUCCAACUCCGUGAGCUGUGAGGAUUUGCUCGAGUUUUCCGACAAGAAGCCGCGCGGCUGUGAACGCGGCGUCGAUUCGGAUGAAGUGCGCAUCAUGGUCAAAGUGCUGGGCAAGGACAGCACGCCCACACGUUGUCUGGGCGCUCUGGAGUUCAUCAACUGGGAUGUUCACAAGUCCAUCAAACUGAUUAAGCUGCAGAAUAUACUCGCCGAGGCGAAUCUCAGCCUGUCCGCUGCGUACGAGGCGCUUCAGCAGCAGGAAUGGGAUCUGCACACCACGGCCGUCAAACUGAAGGGAGUUAAGCUCUAAAGGAUGCGCAUAUAGAUAGAGCUAUAUACAUACGUAUACCUACAAACCAUGCAAACCAUGUGCCUGUUCUGUUCGAAACAACAUCCUUUGGGCCUUAUUAUUUGUUUCUAAUUUUAUCUUAAGCAUUUAAAGUUCGCUUCGGAUAUUAUAUUAUCCUUUAUUAUUUAAUACUAUAGUGUUUAGGACAUCUCUAACUCGAACUCAAUCACUGCUCAAAAUAUGUUUCUAAUGUAAUUCAUACUCCUCUACUAUUGUAUGAAUGAAUCUCAGCAUGUACUUAUCUAAUAAUGCAAUGUUUCUAGUUCUUAAUUAUACUAUGUUAUCCUUUAUCGCCAGUUUCGCACGCAAUCAAAAAGAUCUAAAGGAUCGAGUACCAUAUAAACAAUUAAUACAUCUUACAAAAGCA